AUGCCAUGGAAGUGUUUGAUGUUUGGUAAUGCUGCAAGGCCAAAAGCUAAGUUCAUGAUGUGGUUGCAAAUGCAGAAUAGACUACUUACUGCUGACAGAUUGAGCAAAUGGGGAAUACAGAUAGAAAGUAAAUACAGCUUAUGUCAGAGAGAAGAGGAAACAAGAGAUCAUCUCUUUGUGGAGUGUGACUAUACAAAAAUAGUGAUUCAAAAGCUGAUGCACUGGACACAGAACCAAAAUAUAGUAGCAGCUACCUGGGAACAAUAUGUAUAUGAGGUGAUCAAGAGAGCUAAAGGAAAGUCAAAGGAAGCUCAACUAUUCAAGAUGAUAUAUUCUGAAGUAGUACAUAGUAUAUGGAUAGAGAGGAACAAAAGGAUUUUUGAGAAAACAAGUAAAGGAUGGGAGAGGAUAGCUAAAGAGAUAGCUUGUAUUUGCUGUGUACGAGCUCCUCCUAGAUUAGUUGAUGUAGUUCAAAGAUUUAGAUUUUAA